AUGCCGGCACAGGCAAAGGCAGAUGCUAAUGCCCCUGCCAAGUUUCGGCAGAUGGACAGCGAGCGAGUGCACAAUGGGGUUACCCAGAAGGGGGUUCAAGUGUUGCAGCCGCUUCGUUUCUUCGUUCCGGAGGAUGCCAUGAAAGUGGUGGAUGUGUUGCGACCUGCUGUAGAAGCUCGACUUGCGGAUAUCAAGGCCUCCUCAGACCGGCCUGUGGUGACGGUCUACGACGCGACAAUGGGCCAGCAGGAUCUGAUCGAUCCGGCGAACUUUGCCAUAAUGAAGAGAUAUGUUCCGAUGCUCCUUACUGGCACGACUUUGCCAAACCCCAAGAUCCUGUCGUGCAAAGACCACCGAGCAGCGAUGCUGUACGUUGGGUCGGCCUAUGGGUUCUGGAGCCAGGCCUUUGUUUCCGCGAGAGGAAACAAAGGCAAAAUGAAGGACUGGAGUGCCCUGCAAGGGACGCGGCUACGCUGGCUAGUCUCAUAUCUUUGCAAGGUCAUCUACAGAACCCCCUUCGCCAGGACUCCGGAGGUCACGAUAUUGAAGACAAUCUUUUACAAGGUCAACAACAUGAGCCUCCCGACAAGGAAACCGAGCUCGAGUUCUGUAGACUCCGAGGUGCCAUCGGAAAUCGUAUCUGAUGUUGAGUUUGAUGAGGAGGACGAGGAGAUCAUCGAUGAUGACCUCGAGAUCUGCAGUGUGCAGAGCGAGCCCCAUGGCGAUGAUGGCGGCGACCUGCCCGUGACUGUAGAUGUGAGUGAUGAUGAAGGGGAGGCUGAAGCCCCACGGCACGCUGAGCUGAGCAUGGAGGUGCCGAGCGCCGACGAUGGGAUGCUGGUGGACGAGACUUUGGAUCUCGAUGCCAACCGUGCUGCAGAUCAUCACAGCGAGGCCAUGAACGACGUGCAGGCCAUGAUUAUGGAAAUCGACACGCCUUUGCAGGAUGCUUUGGAUCUCGACGCCGACCUUGCUGCACAUCAUCACGAGGACCCUGAUGGAUCGAAUGUGGAGCAGGCCACACAUUCUAUGGAUGACGAGCCUGGCCCAAUGGUCAAAGACAUGGGUACCACCGGUGCAAAGCAAGAAACAUCGAAUGGUGCUUUCAAGGACCGAAACCCUCUACUUCCAGAGGGUGCUUGCCGGGAAUGGACAUUGCCGGUGCAAAUGGGUCUCAGUGCUCAGGGCCAAGCCGUCGAGGCCGGGCAGGUGAAGAAGGACCAGGCGGCCUUACGUAAGAGGCGAAGGGAAGAGGAAGCAGCAAAAGCAAGCAAAAAGGCUGCUAAGAGUACUCAGCCAGUUCCGGAGCCUUCCUCGCUGGAUGCUAAGAGUGCCAAGCCUGUUCCUUCGGAGCCUUCGGGGGAUGCUAAGAGUGCCGAGCCUGAGCCUUCGGAUGCUAAGAGUGCC